AAGAGACAGAAUCUGGAAUUCUCAUCUAAAGAAAAUGGUGGACAACAACCAAACCUGUGCUGCAGGGCAGGACCCUGUGCCCUACAUGACUUGCAUGAUUCAUAUUCUUGAAGAGUGGCUGGGUGUGGAGCACUUGGAGGACUAUCUGAAUUUUGCAAACCAUCUCUUGUGGGUUUUUACCCCGUUGAUACUCUUAAUACUUCCGUACUUUACUAUCUUUCUUCUCUACCUUACUAUUAUUUUCCUCCAUAUCUAUAAGAGGAAGAACAUGUUAAAAGAAGCCUACUCUCAUAAUUUGUGGGAUGGUGCGAGGAAAACAGUGGCAACUCUGUGGGAUGGACAUGCGGCUGUCUGGCAUGGUUAUGAAGUUCAUGGCAUGGAAAAGAUACCGGAAGGACCAGCACUUAUAAUUUUUUAUCAUGGAGCUAUUCCCAUAGACUUUUACUACUUCAUGGCUAAAAUUUUCAUCCACAAAGGCAGAACUUGCCGUGUAGUAGCUGACCACUUUGUCUUUAAAAUUCCAGGGUUUAGUUUAUUACUUGAUGUAUUUUGUGCUCUCCAUGGACCAAGAGAGAAGUGUGUUGAAAUCCUGAGGAGUGGCCACUUGUUAGCUAUUUCCCCGGGUGGAGUUCGAGAAGCCUUACUCAGCGACGAGACCUACAACAUCGUAUGGGGUCAUCGUAAAGGCUUUGCGCAGGUUGCCAUUGAUGCAAAAGUGCCCAUUAUUCCUAUGUUUACACAAAAUAUUCGAGAAGGAUUUAGAUCACUUGGAGGAACAAGAUUAUUUAAGUGGCUAUAUGAAAAAUUCCGCUAUCCAUUUGCUCCAAUGUAUGGAGGCUUUCCUGUGAAGUUGCGGACCUACUUAGGUGAUCCCAUUCCAUAUGACCCAAAGAUAACAGCAGAAGAAUUAGCUGAAAAGACCAAGAAUGCUGUUCAAGCUUUGAUUGAUAAGCACCAAAGGAUACCAGGGAACAUUAGGAGAGCUCUGCUGGAUCGCUUUCACAGAGAGCAGAAGGUUAAUUAGCAGAAGAUUUAAUGUAUCUGUAGUGACAAGCUCACAUCUUUGAUACUGUCUUUUGAAUUUUUGUAGGUUGUAUAAUAGUGUUUUUAAAACAUCAAAGCAUCUUUCUUAGAAUUUGUUGAUUUAAACUUAUAUUGUUAAGCUUGUCCUUUCAAUCAGUUGUGUCAAAUUUAAUAUGUAACCCAUCACUUGCUUGACUCAGAAAAUGAUCAUGUUGCAUUCGCAAUCUUUAAUAGUAUAUGAUAAACAGUUUAUCUUAGG